AUGUCGAAGUUUCAUCAAAUUUUUAGUAAAGGUAAAAAACGUCAACCCGUUAAUGAGAGUGAUAUUGGACCAUUUGAGAGAGAGUCAAAGAAUCCUCGUAUCGAAAUUCAUGCGGAGGAUGGAAAUGCUAUGGUUAUAGAUUCCAUAGAUGAUGCUACUACUUUCCCAUCUCCAUCUCCAUCAUCUUCGUCAUCAUCUUCGUAUAUUAAUAAUGACCCAACACAAUAUCCUCAACACUAUUUACAAACGAAUGAAGUAUCAAGUAAAAUGAAAAGGUUAUGUUUAGAAAAUACUGAAAACAAUCUGGACGCAUGUCAAAAAACAAUAGAAAUUACCAAUAUUGUAAUACCGUUAGCGAGUACACUUGCAUCUGACGUCGCUCAAAACUUCGCAUUAUUUGCACCAUUAAUCAAUUUAUUCCUUGAAUUAGGUAAAGAAAUCAUAAAAUUAUACGAAAAGGCCGAACAUAAUAAAAGUCUUUGCAGUUUCCUUUUGCAAAGAUGUAAUUGUGCAGUAGCUGCAAUUAAAGAUUUAGAUAUUAGGAAAACCGAACAUGCAAAUUUCUUUUCUAAACAAGAAAAUCUUGAAUUAUUUAGAGUGUUCAUUAAAUGUAUGAAAAGAAUCAAAAAAUUUAUUGCGGAUGUUAGUCAAUUAAGUAAACUUAAGAAAUAUAUUUUGGCUAAUAAUAUUGAGGAUACUUUUACCAAACUUGUAGAAGAAUUUGAAGGGUGUAUGAGUAGUUUUAAUUUCUCUUUCACUAUUCAAUCUAGAGAGGAAUUGUUAACGAUUAAAGAUGAAAUUAGACAACUCAGAAGCUUGUUAGAAAAUAUUAAUGGUUCUCCUAAUAAUAAUACUAAACAAUCCCACGAUGAAUUUUUCAAAGGAGUGGAUGCUGUAACUGGGAAAAACAAGGAAUUUCAAAAACAGAAUAGGCAUAUAGACGCGAAUCCGUCUGAUUUGAUAACAUGCAUAGAUCAUGAUGAACCAUUGCUCGAUGGAGGUCAAUAUCAACAAACCGGUUGCUUUUGUUCAAAGAAAAUCGAAAAACGUCAAUCAAUUAAUGAUUUUCAGUUUGUUUCAUUUAAAGAAUUUUCAAAUAAUUCUUCUUCUUCUGUCUUGGACCAGUCUCAAAUUGAAAUUAGAAGACAAGUUAAUAUUCUUAAGGAAUUAAAAGAUUCUGACCACAUCAUAAGAUUCUUUGGUGUUGCUGAAGAAAAUUUUAAAUUUUACCUAGUUACGGGGUGGAUGGAACAUGGAAACCUAUAUGAAUAUUACACAAAUCAAACUGAACGAAUGACUUGGCCAACUAAAAUUAAAUUUGCUUUGGAUAUUAGUUGUGGGGUCGCCUAUUUAAAUGGUUGUCAGAUUCUUCAUCAUGAUAUUCAGUCUGCAAAUAUUUUAGUAAAUAAUGAUCAUAAAGUAAAAAUAGCAAAUUUUGGAUUAAGUAAAAAGUUUUCGGAAUUUACCAGGAACAUUUCACAUAAUAUUGAAAAUGUGAGAUAUAUGGCUCCAGAAAAAUUAUUAAUAGAUGAAAAUGAAAAUAACACCACACAAGGUGAGCGUGUUAGUAAUGACAUGAAAAGAAAAAAAGUUCCUUAUGAUUCCAAAUGUGAAAUUUAUAGUGUUGGAGCAUUAUUAUGGGAGAUUGCUGAACUAAAAAAACCACAUUCUGACCUUAAUAAAUCUGAAAUGCUCGUUAGUAUUAGAAAACGUGUUCGUGACAAAUAUCGUGAACCACUUUCAGCUGAAGUGCCCGAUAUUUGGAAAUUUUUAGUAAAGAUGGCUAUGGAACAGGAACCACAAUGGCGUCCUACAAUAUUUCUUAUUUGUCGCACACUUUCAGACUUGAAUGAAAAAUAUUCCUGUCUAAUGCCUAAUUCUCCUUUACCCAAUUUAAAAGAUGAUGAGGAUUUAACAAUAGAUAACCAUCCAAUGUCUCAAACACCCAGAAUUCUCUCUGUUGAAGAAGCAAUUCAGGAACAUAAAUCAAAUAAUGGAAAUAAACAAUUAGCAUGGCAAAGUUUCAAACAUCAUUCAGAAACCAAUAUUGAUGCAAAAUAUUGGAAAGGGUACUAUUAUUUUUAUGGGGAAAUUCCCGAAUUACAACAAAUGGAUCAACAAGAAAGGAAUCGAAUUGCUUUAGAAAUCUUUAGAGAAACGGCCGAUAAAGGGAAUGCUUCUGCGCAGUUAAGAUAUGGAAUGUAUUUAUGGCAAAUUUGUAAUUAUUCAGAGGCUUUUAAAUAUUUAGAAAAGUCUGCCGAGUCAGGGAAUUCAACUGCUAUGUAUAACAUUGGAAGCGCCUAUUGGAAUGGCAAUUUUGUUGAACAAGAUAAAAUGAAAGGUGCCAAUUAUUUAAUAGAAGCCGCUAAGAAAAAUCAGCCUAAAGCCAUAGAGAUGUGUAGGAUUAAUAAAAUUAUAUUCAUAUGA